GAAAUUGAAAUAAAUUCAGCGGCAGGAUUAUGCGCUCAUAACUUGCAAGAGAAUACCACGCCAUUUCAUUUAACGGCGACACUCGUUUCCCCCUCCGCUGCCGUUCGCCCCCCUCUCUCGCCGGUAUCGGCACCACCGGUUGGCGCGAAAAAGUAGCCCUUGUUCGUUGAAAGUGGAUCAGUGUGAUCAUGUCUGUGCUACGUUCUUGUUCCACGAUGUUCUCUUAGAUCCAGUGUUUCACGUUGAUAUGUCCCUAGUAUUUGUCCACUCUCUGAAUUAUUGAAAGCACGCUGUUUUGUUGUCAAGAUGUACAUUCAAAUCAAAACCGCCGACUGCUCCCAAAGCAAGAGAGUGGAGGUGUCUAAACUAACCUCUGUGGAAGAACUUAAAUCCCUUGUCAAGGAGGUUUUGGACGUGAAACCCGACAGACAAAGGUUGUUCUUCAGAGGCAAACAGCUUGAAGAUGGCUACAAAGUUUUUGAUUACAACAUCAAUCUCAAUGAUGUUGUUAUGCUGAUGAUAAAACCAGAUCUCUCUGCAUUUCAACAUUCCAAACCAGAAGAGAAAAAGGAGAACGAGUCUGACAAGGCUUCAACGUCCCAAGAAGUUGUGGAGAGUAAAUAUUACAAAGUAGGAGAUCUAGUUGAAGCUAUAGAUGACCUGUAUGGCGGGUGGUUUGAAGGUAAAAUUGUGGGCAUUGAGAAAAAUACAGAACCUCUCACAGACACUGUAUCAGAACUAGCUGGGGAUAAAGAAGAAUCUGAAAAAUCAGAAGAAGAAAAGAGAUCAGCCCAGAACUAUGCAGAAGAUCCAGCUCUUCAAGAUGAUGGAUUGUUAUACAAAGUUUCAUUUGAUUUCUGCUCAGAUGAUCCACCCAUUGGCUUUCCAUUGAAAAAUGUGCGACCCCGAAUGUGUUCAACUAUUAAAUUAUCUGACAUCAAAGUUGGUGAUAUGGUCCUUGUUAACUACAAUAUUGAAUCACCCACUGAGAGAGGGUUUUGGUACGACAUGAUUGUAACUGAAGUGACAAACAAGAGAGCAACAAGACGCUUGAUUGGAACAUUGUAUGUUGGAAGACAACGAACUGAACUCAGAAACUGUCAAAUACUUUUCACAGAUGAAGUUGUCAAAAUUCUGAAGCCAAAGCUAAUAUCUGAAAGAACCAAAGAAGAUGAUAUAUCGAUGUCAACUAAUAAUGAUACGAAACGUAAAAGUGCUCCUUUUUGCGCAACCUGCCAGGAUAAUCCCAAGCGAAAGUGCAAAGACUGCUCUUGUCAAGUUUGUGGAGGAAAAGAUGAGCCAGAUCGUCAACUCAUGUGUGAUGAAUGUGAUAUGGCAUUCCACUUGCGGUGUCUUAAUCCUCCACUGGAUGCCAUACCCGAUAUAGAUGAAUGGUACUGCCCCCUCUGCAAAAAUGAUGAGAAUGAGAUUGUUAAAGCUGGUGAUAAACUCAAAGAGAGUAAGAAGAAAAAAAAAUUACCCAGUGCAAAAGAAGAUAAAACGAAAAGGGAUUGGGGAAAAGGCAUGGCCUGCGCAGGCAGAACAAAAGAAUGUACCAUAGUACCUCCGAAUCAUUUUGGCCCUAUUCCAGGAGUAGAUGUUGGCACAUGCUGGAAGUUCCGGCUUAAUGCAUCUGAGGCUGGUGUACAUAGACCUCCUGUUUCUGGUAUUCAUGGCAGGGACAGCGAAGGAGCAUACAGUAUUGUUCUUAGUGGAGGAUAUGAAGAUGAUGUGGACAAUGGAGAGGAGUUUUACUACACUGGAUCUGGUGGACGAGAUCUGUCAGGAAACAAGCGCACCUCAGAGCAAUGUUGUGAUCAAACACUGACACGGAUGAACUUGGCUCUAGCUAUGAAUUGCAAUGCUCCUGUCAACAAAGAAAAAGGUGCUGAGGCUAAGGAUUGGAAAGGUGGAAAGCCAGUUCGGGUCCUUAGGAAUUAUAAAUUAGCUAAACAUUCCAAAUAUGCUCCUGAGGAAGGCAAUAGGUAUGAUGGAAUUUACAAAAUUGUCAAGUAUUAUCCUGAAAAAGGAGAGUCUGGAUUCAUUGUCUGGCGCUACCUUCUAAGACGUGAUGACCCUGCACCUGCUCCAUGGACCAAAGAGGGCAAAAAGAACAUCGAGAGGCUUGGAUUAACAAUGACAUAUCCAGAUGGAUAUGAAGAAAUGAUGGCAGCAAAAGAAGCGGCCGCCAAAGAAGCAGCUGCCAAAGCAUCUUCAGAAGAUGGUGUUAAACCUAAGAAAAGGGGAAGAAAGAGUGUUCUCGCGGAGUCAACAACUGACAACCCUAACACUAAAAAGGCUAAGAUGGCUGCUUAUGAAUUGGACGAAGAAACCGUGUCCAAAAUUGAGGAAGACUCUCUAAAUGAAAAGUUAUGGGAAGCUUGUAAAAAGGUUUUGGCUGAAGGAAAAAUGAAAUUCCUUGCUGAGGUACAGCAGCAAUUUAUGUGCAUUUGCUGCCAGGAAGUUGUAUUUGAUCCAGUGACAACCGAUUGUCAUCACAACAUCUGCAAGGCCUGCUUGAAGCGGUCAUUUUCUGCCCAAGUUCACAAUUGUCCAAGCUGUAGACAUGAACUAGGUAAAGAUUUUGAACUAGCAGUAAAUGAUAAGCUUGCUGGCACAUUACUUCAUCUAUUCCCGGGUUAUGAAGUCGGCCGGUAAACUCAUGAUGUAUUUUAUCAAACAUUAUUCCUUAAUGGAAUCUUUUUGAACCAUAUUGCCUAUUUUGCCUAGUUUUUAAUUAAUUUGAAUGGAAUAACUUUUCAAUGCUGUAAUCUUGUUUUACAAGAAGGAUAAUGUAUAAGCAUGAAUUUUAGCUCUAGACAUGAUCUUUUGUACCUUCAAUAGUGCUUUAAUUUUCUUCUAUUACAUUCCUGUGAUAAUGUGAUAAUAACUACAGUGUGGAAAUUUUGAACUUGAUUUUGUUAAAAGUUUGUUAUGAGCACAAUAAGGUACCAUUCGAAAGAAACGAUAUUUUUAACUUAAUGAUUUGAUGUGAUUUAUGUGUGGGUAUAAAACACCUGUUAGAAUUUGUUCCGAUGAUUUCAAUGUAUUGCUUCUUGCCUCUGUUUAUUAUGUGCAAUAAAUUAUAUUUGUGGGUGCCAA